ACGGUGGUGCUGCGGAUUUCUCUCUGCAUUUCGCGUGAUUCCGUGGCUCUGUGGUUCUCUGUAAGUUCAUUGCGAUUCUUGAGCUGUCCCGGUUGGUUAUGUUGCGUGCAUCCGCUGGGGGGACGAUGAUGUGGAUGGUCUUUCGAGCCGUUUGAGAUUUUAGAAUGCCGUUUUCACUUGCUUCUUCUCUGUUGCCUCGUGCCCGCGAGCUUCGAAGUUGGAGAGUGAGGUACAUGUUAUUGUGAGUGAAGAGGGAGGAAACAGAGGAAUGAAGGUGGUGUGGAGAUCAAGGGGAAGGAGAAGAUCUGCAUCUGCUGUGGGUGGGGUGGACUUGAAGAUGUACGUGCAGUUCUUGCUGGGGUUUCUGUUGAUUUUUGCGCCUCGCAUUUCGCUUGGCGACACUAAUCCCGGUGAUGUUACUGCGAUAAAUAACUUGUACAUGGCUCUGGGAUCCCCUGUUCUUCCUGGGUGGGUUGCUAGUGGAGGAGACCCAUGCGGAGGUACAUGGCAAGGAGUUUCUUGCAAUAACACCGAUAUAAGAUCAAUUAUUCUUAAUGGAGCCAAUUUGGGAGGCGAACUGGGGGAUAGCUUGGGGACAUUUGCUUCAAUCAGAACUAUAGAUCUGAGCAACAACCGCAUAGGUGGGAGCAUUCCAUCAAAUUUGCCUGUUACCAUGCAAACCUUUUUUCUUUCAGCUAAUCAGUUCACUGGAAGCAUCCCAAGUUCUUUGUCUUCUCUGACUGAACUGGCAGCCAUGUCUCUAAAUAACAAUCUUUUGAGUGGUGAAAUUCCGGAUGCUUUCCAAUCCCUUAUAGGAUUAAUCAAUCUCGACUUAUCCAGUAAUAAUUUGAGUGGGCAUCUUCCUCCUUCUUUGGGAGAUCUAUCAUCUUUGACCACCCUACGCAUACAGAACAACCAGUUAUCGGGAACCCUUAAUGUUCUACAAGAGCUUCCCCUGAGAGAUCUGAAUAUAGAGAAUAACCUUUUCUCUGGACCUAUACCUGAUAAAUUACAGAGUAUCCCGAAUUUUAGAAAAGAUGGAAAUCCUUUCAAUUCCAGUGAUGCUCCGUUACCUUCGCCUUCGACCCCAACGGUGCCGUCAUUAGGGACUCCUUUCUUUGGGGCCGGGCCGCCAUCUUCCACUAAAGCACCGCCAAAACGGGCAGACGGACCAUCUGCGACAGAGCAAUCAAAAUCUGGUUCCUCAAAAAAGUCGUCCUCCAAAAGAAUCGUCUGGAUAGCAAUAGCAGUAGUCUUAUCCUUUGUAAUUUUGGCUCUGGCACUUGCACUUUUCAUACCUGCGUGUAUUAGAAGAAGACAUGAGGUUGAUAGAAUUUCCCAGAGGCACGGCAUUGGUGCAUAUAAUGGCAAAAGAGACAAUCCUAGGAAAAAUCCUUCCUUAGUCCCGUCACUGAGUCAUGCGGAUAAAGUACCUAAAGAGACAAUUGAGAAACUGUCGGAGGAUCAUCAACCAGAGAGCAGGAAAGUGUGGGCCGUUCCGAGGAUACAAAACGAACGAGAAAGAAAUGCACAGAGAACUGGUCUGAUGCCUGAUCGGGAAGAUCGGGAGAUUGAUGUGAGUGCACUUGAUGUGUACUUGACACCUCCUCCCCCUCCCCCUCCCCCUCCUCCUCCUCUGCUUCCUCCGCCACCUCCUCCGCCACCUCCUCCACCACCUCCCGAAAUUAUUGUGAAGCCCGCUGUGCCUGAAGAAACAAUGGCCAUAAAGCCUUCCAGGAGAACUCAUAUUCCUCUGGUUUCUGCCAAGUCCUUCACCAUUGCAUCCCUUCAGCAAUUCACGAACAGCUUUUCUCAAGAAAAUCUGAUUGGAAGUGGCAUGCUUGGUAGUGUGUAUAGGGCAGAGCUUCCUGAUGGCAAGUUGCUUGCUGUCAAGAAAUUGGACAAGAGGGCUUCCAGUCAGCAGAAGGAUGUUGAGUUUCUGGAAUUGGUGAACAAUAUCGACAAGAUUAGACACGCAAACGUCGUGGAACUCAUGGGUUACUGUGCUGAGCAUGGCGAAAGGCUUCUAAUAUUUGAGUAUUGCAGUAAUGGGACGUUACAGGAUGCGCUUCAUUUGGACGAUGAUUUCAAGAAGAAUUUCAGUUGGAAUUCCCGCAUUAGGAUGGCGCUUGAAGCUGCCAGAGCCUUAGAGUACUUGCACGAGGUCUGUCAGCCACCUAUUGUGCAUAGGAACUUCAAGUCCUCAAAUAUUCUCCUUGAUGAUGAUCUUUCUGUGCAUGUUUCUGAAUGCGGUUUAGCUGCAUUGAUCUCUUCAGGCUCAGUUAGCCAAUUGUCAGGGCAGCUUCAAACUACUUAUGGAUAUGGAGCCCCUGAGUUCGAGUCCGGAAUUUAUACAAUCCAAAGUGACGUCUACAGCUUUGGGGUAGUCAUGUUAGAACUUCUGACAGGCCGAAAAUCCUAUGACACGUCACGGAAUCGAGGAGAGCAAUUUCUUGUGAGGUGGGCAAUCCCUCAACUCCAUGACAUUGAUGCACUGUCCAGAAUGGUCGAUCCUUCUAUUAAGGGACAGUACCCUGCCAAAUCCUUGUCACGGUUUGCUGAUAUCAUAUCUCGCUGCGUUCAGUCGGAGCCAGAAUUCAGGCCACUGAUGUCGGAAGUAGUCCAAGACCUCUUAGGUAUGAUUAGGAGGGAACCUUCUCCAUGAGAUCAUAGGUCCAGACCCUAAUCAACAAACCGUGAAGGAAUGGUGACCUCUACAAUUUAAUGCUGAUAAAUUGUGAAAAUGAUGUGCCAUGCACCCUGAAGAAUUCUUUUGUAAGUAAGCUGAGAAGAAAUGGCCCUACUGACAUAGGUACGGAGCUAAACGAUUCGUAUUCUUAAUGUUUCGGGUGGGCAAUCGACAGCAUGAUGCCCCAGAGGUACGGAGCUCGGAGCUCAAGAUCUGGUUCGUUUUGUUUGUGGUCGUUGCUGUUGCGUGUUAAGCAUCAACAUGAUGUAGGAACGAAGAAUGUUCUAACCCCAAUCGUUUCAAAAUCAUUGGUUUUCCGCUAAUCUCGAUGAGCGAGGUUCUUUGAACUCAGCGUCAAAUGUGUAGGCUGUAUCUCGUGCUGCUCGGUCUUUUCCUCACAAUCCAGUCAUUUUGCCUUGUCAAGUAUGUACCUUGUGUUCGACCUAAAAAAAAAAAAAUGUACCAUGUAUAAAAAUUUCUGUCUCUCUUCUCUCUGUAAUUGCCAACUGCAGAAACCGAAGAGUAGCUAAGUGGGGAUUUUCGCUAAUCAAGAAAAGUUGGCCUUUCUUUCUCUAA